UAAAUACAUCGGCUGGACAGACGCUGACAUUUUUUGCCGGAGACCAGAUUUUAUUCCUGUACGUUGCUUAAAUACAGUCCUAUUCUUCUCAGUGGUCAUUAAAUGCGCACACACGGUGACCGGACAUACAAAACCUCUGUUUGCGGCCACAGGUAAAGAUGGCAACUAUCCGCAUUGUGAACCCAGGCGCCCCUGCACAUCGUCAGCAGGCUGUGCUGCUGUCGACUAAAGAGGCACGUCUUUACUGGGAGAAGAAAAAGGUCUUCCCAAAACCUCCCCUGGAGCUGCUGAACCCACUCACUGCACUGGACCAUGCAGAGACAAUCCUCCAAGCAGAGGGAGUCCCUGCACCGUCACGACAGCAGUGUCUGGGACAGCUGGUGUUGCUGUUCGGCCAGUAUGGACACGCACCUUUCCACUGGCUUGUGGAGAACGACGUAGGCUAUAUGAAGUACAUAGUUGACAAGCACAGAACAGAGAUGUCAAACCCCCAUAGAAAGGCAGAGAUAGCCAACCAGUGGCUUAAAGACUACCUGACCGAGUAUGCAGAGAGCUUCCCACAAGUCUCCAUUGUCCUUGAGGCGAAUGUGGACAGGUGUAUCUACGGUCAGAGAGGGUUUGAGGGCCACACGUUUCAGGAGAUGUGGGAACUCUACCAACAAUAUAGCGUUCAAAGGGACAGUCCAGAGAAAUUUAGCAAUGAACAGAGGGACAUAAUAAAGAAGGCAAACAGUUCUGUGAGGAGGUGGUUGAACACACCACUGACCCACAUCACAAGUAUGCAGAUGAAGAGGUUCAGGAGAUAUAUUAAUGACAAGGAGGAUCUAAAGACAAGGACCUCCAGUUUCAGGCCCUCCUCAUGGCCAGAGGAUGAUGAUGAUGAUGAACUGCCAGCUGCAUCCCAGGCUGUGGAAGAAUAAAGUCCCAGAAGUCACAUUCCCGGGAUCCCCUGCCCUUGAAUACGCCUUCAAAGACAUCCAAACAUGCAUUACACCCCCCGGAUGAGAAGCGUCACUCAGCCUCACAGAACACGUCUGCUGCCUGGCUGGAUGAGCCAGAGUCUACUGUUCAGCCCACAGAGGCUCCACACCUCUAAGUGACUUACCCGUAAGUUAUACUUGGAUUUAAAUGCAAGCAGCAUUGUGAGGGACCGCGCAGUAAGUCUUAGGAACCCAGGAAUGAAUCCAACAAAAAAUAUAAUUUAUUAACAAAUACUCAAGAUUCACAAUACUACAACUCCAGGGUCACAAAAUUCAACCUAAAUAACAGUUCUAAGCGGGCCCUUUAAUUUAAAUUGAGGUCAACUAAACAGACAGCAACUACCACUUAAACCAAACAUAACUGACCUCCAUGUCACACAAACCAGGGGUUUAUAAAGACACAGGCUAGCCUACAGCUCAAAGAAGGUAACAGAAAUAAACCGCCAAUCAACCUCAACCACUAAACUAAAUACAAAUACAAGAUUAAACACGAAUAAUAUUUACACAAUAAACAACGUAACAACUUAAGUAACUCCCAUUAAGCAAAUCCCCAACAUAAGCCUAAUAAUGAAAUCAUAAGCGGCAGAUUCCCCCUUCCAGGCACGCGCAGUUGGCCUCCUCCGCUUCCUGGUCGUGGUAUUUAAGCCCUGCUUAGGUGGGGCCCGCUCUUUCCACCCGGAGGAGGAAUCCCAAGAACACAGAAAGGUGGAGUUAGACAGUUGGGUGCGCCUGUGGGAGAAAUCUGAUGGCAUCCCAUCUGCUGACAUUCACUGGCUUAAGGAGGGCACCACAAGAGGAAUGUUCACUGCUGUUCAUUUGUACAAAGACAACACUGGUGUGCUCAAGAGGAGACGGGUGAUGGCAUCUGACCGCAUGUGGUUCUACCCUCCAGAACCUCCGGCCUAUGUCGGAGGGGUUCUGCCAGGCCCACAGCUUUUUUUCCAAAGCCGUGUGUUUGUGUGGCGUCCAGUUGGGGUUUGGAGGUGCUCCCUGAAGUGUCCAUGAGGUGAAAAGUGUGUGGGGGCAGGAAAGGACGUGCACCUCUACAAGUCUGGCUAUCAACACCGGCCUCGUCACAUCUGCGACGAGUCCAGCUGGUACACAAUGCUGACUGAGGUUUGUGCUGUGGCCGGUGUACCAAGGCAGGCAGGAACGGUGGCUUGCAUGGGAUGCUGCUAUUCUGGCACAGCUGAGCGAAGCCCAUCAAGCCAUGUUUCCUGCUGUUCUCACUAGCAAACGUGGCGUGGACAAAAACGUCGUGCGUCUUCUGCGUGACAGGACUGAAGGGAACACCAUGAUCAAAGUGUGGCGGCAGAUCCAGGAAAAUCAUCACGAAGAGUACCUUCACCGCAAGGAUCUGUACACCACGCUGCUCAUGACUGUGGCAGAACCCGGAGGGAUUGUUUCUGCAUUGAGGCACAAGUUCCAGGCUCCACCUCCACCAAGAGAGCUGCCUUCUGCCCCACUUUUGCGCCACGCCUUUCUUCUGGCUGAGGCCAAUAAUGUCCAGGACUACCGGAACCAGAUCCUUUCCACUUUACGCACAGUGUUAAAAAUGGAUUCCACCAAGAAAGUGGUGAAGAAACUGUCUGGAGAGGGCCAUGGCUCAUCUAAGUGGUUCACCAGUAUUGCCAAUGAAUUCUCCCAAAUAGUGACCUUUGUGUUGACCUGUGAGGAGUCCACAGAGAAGCUGGCACCAAUGUGCAGUGGAGUCAUACAAAGGUUCCGACUGGCUAAUCAACCGGUCCCCAAAAUUUUGUAUGUGGACCAUGGGUGUUGUCGUGCACAAGGUCCAACAGCUGUUGAGACUCUGUUUGAGGCUUGGGUGAACAGGGGAAUGGUUGUGCGUUUAGACAUCUUCCACUGGAUUCACCGAUUUGACGCAGCCAUUCGAACAGACAGUCACUCUAAGUACGCUGCCUUUAAGUCUGCGCUGGCUGGCGCUGUCCUGGCCUACAACCGCACUGACCUGGACCUUCUCAUCAAGUCUGUCAGGGCCAAGCACGACAGGUUGAAGACUCUGUCUGAUGGGGACAUUGUCCGAGACCACAUUUUAAGGGACCACCUCAAACACCAUGUGCGGAGGGUCACGCUCGGGGCGCAGGAAACAUUCCAGCUCAUCCAUAUGGCGAUUGAAGAGUUAAAGGGUCAGGCUGGGCUGGAUGAAAGCGGGGUGAGCCUUUUCAAAACACCAGAUGCCAUUGAUAACAUGUGCGCAAGCCAGCAGCGACACUUAGAGUGCAUCCAGGAUUCACCAGACAUGAUCAUGUACAGGGUGGCGCGUAUUACGGCCAUCAACAAAGUGGAUGUUCCGUACUACAAAUGUCUGCGUGGAAGCAAUAGCCUGGAGGGAUUCCACAAGAUGUUGCCUAAUAUGAUUCCAGGUCCCCACUGUGCUGCACGGCCUUAUCAAGUUUACCUGAUAAGUGGCAUUGCACGGUGGAACGCUGACAGGAGCUCAGAUGCUGUGUUUGGGGGUAAAGGAUGGAGGCACCGGACGUAUUCAGCGCCGCUGAUUGAACGACCGAGGAGGGGAAUUAUCGGGCCCCGGUUAAUGUGGCGUCUAACGAGCUGCUUGGGUUGGAGUACCUGUUCAGCCAGAGCACAGGAGGACCACGGCCAUUUUCCCUGCAGGACAUGGUUCAUGAUGGACCUGGUCCAGAGGAGGAAGUCGUCCAGCUGGGUCACCAAGAUACAGAGGCUGAUGAGGCCUAUCAGAGUGACCCAGAGGCCCAGACUGAUGUGCUGGAUGCUGGCCUGCCCCACAUCAAUAUGACCAGCCGCGACACCUCCACUGUCCACUCACCAGCCUUUGAAGACGCCUGCAGUCCGAGUCCUCUUCCGAGCUUUGACAAGCUGGAGAAAUUCUGCUCUGUGCUAGUGGAGAUCGGCUUAACAGAGGAUAAGCUGUCACUAAACAUUGAGCAGAGGUCCAAGGUCCUGGAGGCCUGGGAUGCAGUGGAGGAGCAUGACAAGCAGCCAGAAAGGUUCAACCAGCUGUACAGGACACACUGGGGCAACACUCUCUACUGUCGCACCAAGAGAGAUGAUCUUGUUGACGCUGCAGUGAUUCAAAAGGUAAAGAUGGCCAAACGCUACGCACCAGCUCAACAAGAUGCUAACAACAACAGGCUAAUGUACAUACUGGUCAAACUGUUGUGGCUGCGGUCACCUGGAGGGUGUCAAACCAGCCCAGAAAAGGCUUCCAUCCUGAAAGCCUAUGACCGGAUUCAACACCGGAUUUUAGUACAUGAUCCGGUCCUCAGCAAGGCAGGAAUUCCUCUGCCAAAAAUAAACAUUAAGACAGUGCGGGACUUAAUCCGUCGCCAGGAAAGGCUCCUCAAUGUGCGCGCUACGAAGCAGCCGUCCAUCAUUACAAAAAAAACAUCUGUCUCAUCUGCAGUCCUGCCUCCAGCUCCACAUCAGCCAGCAGUCCUGCCCCCUCAGACUACCCCACCAUGGUGUAUGUGCCCACUCCAAGCACAGCUGGAACAAAGCUGUUAAAGCAGAGGACUGGCAUCCACAUGGCAGCCUCUCAGAGUCACCCACCACCACCACCACCACCACCACCAUCCGUGAUAAAACAGACAGCUGACAUCCACAUGUCGAUGCUUUUCAGUGCCACACACCACCACCCCUGCUACUCCCACGGCUGGCGAUCAAAACCCCUGUCACAUCCACAGUCACCAGGCCUUUGACCACUGUGUCUUCACCCACAGCAGACCCCUCUUCACAAACUGUAACCCCCUGCACAAUGCCCAGCAGCAGUACCCCUCCGUCCUGGGCAAGAUCUACCUACUACAAGCGGAAACGUGAUGACCAGCCCUGGAAACCAAGGUGAAAAACUUGCCUGCUUGUGCACUCUGUGGCAAACCCACUCAAGGACAUUCUAAAUACAAAAAAAAGAAUUUUUUUUCCUGUAAAGAGCAUGUCUUCCUCAAAGGGACUGGAAAACAGAAUAUAUUCCAGCUACGAGGAAUUUGUAUCUGCUGUAGACGCUCUCAUGCAGUGAGCUUGUCCACAGAGCAGCUCCACUGUACAUGUUAAAUAGUUUUCUUAAUAUUUUAUUAUAAAGCAGUAUUGUAUAGAUUCUUGAUGUUUAUGCAAAUUGUCAAGUUUAUGCAAGUGAGCACAGAGAGCAGCUCCAAUGUACAUGUUGUAAAUAGUUUUCUUAAUAUUUUAUUAUAAAGCAGUAUUGUAUAGAUUCUUGAUGUUUAUGCAAAUUGUCAAGUUUAUGCAAGUGUGCACAGAGAGCAGCUCCACUGUACAUGUUGUAAAUUGUUUUAAUAUUUAUAUUAAAACUUUAACUUUAUAUUAAAGUAAAAUUGCAUAAUUUUUAAUGUUUAUGCAAAUGUUCAAGAUGUUAAAUUAAUGCCAAAUAAACAGUUACAGCAAA